UCAUCAUACAUGAAAUACUGUUGAACAAAAAUACAACUAGUGUGAUAGAGACGCAUGAGAGAAAGCUCCGCCCACUGUGUGAGGCCAUGCAGUCAAGCAGGAAAUGCUGCUUAUUGUUUUUGUCUUCCUGAAAGGAGAAGCAUACACAGAGACAGACGCUUCAUUCACAGGCAAAAUGUCGCUCAGAUCAGAAGAGGAUUUCUUAUGUCCUGUCUGCCAUGAAGUCUUCAAAGACCCUGUUGUGCUGUCAUGCAGCCACAGCUUCUGCAAAGACUGCCUCCAAAAAUGGUGGAGUGGGAAGAAAACAUAUGAUUGUCCGUGCUGCAAGAGAAGAUCUUCAAAGAGUGAUCCCCCUCGUAAUUUGGCAUUAAAGAACCUGUGCGAGGCCUUUGUAGCGGAGAGAAGCGAGAGAGGCGACAGAGGCGAGAGAGUUUCAGAAGGGUUUGAGUCACUCUGCAGUCUGCACUCUGAGAAACUCAAAAUCUUCUGUCUGGACCACCAGCAGCCAAUAUGUGUGAUCUGUCGAGACUCGAAAAUGCAUAGCAACCACAGAUUCAGACCCAUCGAUGAGGCUGCACAGGAUCUCAAAGAGGAGCUCCAGAAAUCCCUGAAGCCCUUAAAGGAGAAACUGCAAGUCUUUGAAGAUGUUAAAGGAAACUAUGAUCAAAUAGUGAAACACAUCAAAGUCCAAGCCCAAAGCACAGAGAGGGAGAUUAAGGAGCAGUUUAAGAAUCUUCACCAGUUUUUGCACGAUGAAGAGAAGGUGAGGAUUGCUAACCUGAAGGAGGAUGAGGUGCAGAAGACUAAGAUAAUGAAGGAGAAGAUUGAGAGUCUGAGCAGAGAAACAGCAGCUCUUUCUAGCACAAUCAGAGCCACAGAGAGGGAGCUCAAAGCUGAAGACAUCUCAUUCCUGCAAAACUACAAGGCUGCAGUUAAAAAAGCCCAGCAGCACCCCCUGCUGCAAGAUCCAGAGCUGGCUUCAGGAGUGCUCAUAGAUGUAGUCAAACACCUGGGCAACCUGACCUUCAACGUCUGGAACAAAAUGAAAGAGAAGGUCUUCUACAGUCCUGUGAUUCUUGAUCCAAACACUGCCGACCCAGAACUUGUUGUAUUCGAUAAUCUGAGCAGCGUGAAAUCAGGAGAGCGGAAACAGCUUCCCAAAAACCCGGAGAGAACCAAGUUCUCCUGCUCUGUUCUCGGCUCUAAAGGCUUCAACUCAGGGACACAUGAGUGGGAUGUCGAUGUUGGAAACAACAAGGACUGGGAACUGGGCGUGUUGAGCGAGUACUCCCAGGUCAGCGGGCGCCUUCAGUCAGGACUGUGGAGAAUUUUGUUCUCUAAUGGUAAAUUCUCAGCAUUUUCAUCACCAGACACUGAGAAGGAUCUAGCAGUGAAGAAGGAAGUGCGGAGGAUCAGAGUCCAUCUUGACUUUGACAGAGGAAAGUUGUCGUUCUCUGAUCUCGACACUAAUACCCACAUGCACACCUUCACACACAGCUUCUCUGACACCCUGUUUCCUUACAUUUACACUGAGAAUCCUCAGCCAGUGAAGAUUUUACCAGUGAAGGUCACUGUGACAGUGGAAAAGAACACUUAGGGUGAUGCAUAUCAUGAUAAAGUUGGGAAAUAAUUACAAAACUGUGAGACAAAAUGUGUUAACUGUUUAGGAACAUAGCGCAACUUUAAUAUUAACGGCGCAAAUAUUAGACAAGUGUGCAAUCUGGUGAAUAUAAAAGACUGCUGCAAUGGUGAUGAAGUACUCUCAUAUCUUUAUUGGUUUUAUUUGUACCUCAAUAUACAUAAAAUUAAAAGCUACUCGAUAGUCUACAAUGGAACAUUUAGGUCGGGAUUUAUGGUUGUUUUGUAGAAAUAUGGUCUCAUUUAGCUUAGUUGCCCUGUUAUAGUUCGUUGUUCAUUAGAUUCCCCUUUUGUCUUCACCCCUGUGUCUCAUGUUUACGUCUCUCAGUGUUUCCUGUUUUAUUUUGAAGAGUCAGCUGUCUCCAUGUUCAAUGUGUUUUGUUUUACUUCCCCUGUGGUGUCAUUAUGUUCCUUUGUGUCAGCUGUUUCCCCACGUCUCCACUUCCCUCAUCCUGUGUAUCUUCAUUCAGUCUUUGUCAGGUUGUCUGUGUUACUUUCACGAUGUCAUGUCACGCCAAGGUAUUUCAUGAUUCAGCUCAGGUCAUGCUCAUGUUCCAUGUUCCUGUUUUUUCCUCGCUUUUCGCAUGCUCCUGCCCCGAAUCAUGUUCAUGUCUUUCGUUGCAGUUGUCGUAGUUCAGUUUCUUCCAGUUUAGGUUUUAGUUUAGUUUUCGUUCCUGUUCACUUUACUGCAGGCUUGGCCAGCUCCAGGCCUCGAGGGCCGGUGUCCCUCAGGUUUUAGAUAUCACCCUGGGUCUACAUACCUGAAUCAAAUGAUUCGUUCAUUACCAGGCCUCUGGAGAACAAGACAUGUUGAAGAGGUCAUUUAGCCAUUUAAAUCAGCUGUGAUGGAUCAAGGACACAUCUAAAACCUGCAGGACACCGGCCCUCAAGGCCUGGGUUUGGACACCACUGCUUUACCAUGUUUUUUGUACUCAUGUUAUCAGCCAGAAUAAAAGGGCUCGCUUUUUUAUUA